CAAAACUUAUCUUCCACCACGCCGCGCUUCAAUUCUGUCCCACGCUCUCUUCAAUCGCAGGUCGUAAAGGUGGGAUGGAUAGUCGUCGGUGAGAAAGAUUUCGUCUCACUCCGUCACGAUGGCUUCUUCCCUCUCUGCGCAGCUGGCGCAGAUUGCGACCAAGUCGACAAAUCAGCUCGACCUUAAGGCGCAACAAGUUGCACACUCGAAAUCCUUGAUUUUCGACUACAAAACCGCGAAAUCGCAAGACUUUCACGCCAUAUACGAAAUAUGCUACGAUGGAUUUCGGGAGCUGUGCCAGCUGGACACACGAUUCACAGAAUUCGACCGAAAUAUCUUCAGUCCACACAGCAAGACCCAGGAUCGGGCGGAGAUGACCCCAGCACAAAAUAAAGAGCUCGAUAGUGUUUUGGAAUCAUUCAUGGCUUUGGUUGGUGGAAGAUUACAACUGUCACCGGCGAUAAGAGCAUUAGAGUGGCUGGUGAGACGGUUUCGUGUUCACGAAUUCAAUACGGCAUUUUUCGUCCUCACAUUUCUUCCAUAUCAUUCGUUGCCUAUUUUCCUGAAUCUAUUGCAUAUUUUACCACAAGACUUUACACCAGCGCUCAACGAUUUUCAUCCGUACAAAGAGAGUCGCAUAAAUCCUCCCCGAGAGGCUAUCGUUCGCACCGCAGUUAAGAAUAAGGCGUUUACAGCCGCUUUCAACAACUAUACACUUCAAGUAUCGAAACAAAAGGCUCACUACCAUGGCCUUCUGGUUUUCUGGUCAGGAAUUAUGACACAGGCCAUUUCGCACAUGCUGGAUGCUGCUCGCUCUGGCCGUCAAGAUGUCGAGAGGAAAAACCAUGAGGAUAUUUUCUUGCGAUUUCUACCUGUUCUCAACGACGGCUUUGCCAUGAAUAAAAUCUCAGAAUUGAUAAUUGGCUGCUACAUGAUUACAGUUGUGUUUGCAACGAAAGCCGCUCUCAAGGAAAAUGUCAUCGAUACUUUAAUGAGCGCAGUCUCUGGCUCCUGGACUCCGGAAACUGUGAAUUCAGCAAUGGUCACCCUUGCAGUUCUGGCAGAGCAGAAAGAAGACUACUCUCUUCCUAAGGAUGUGAUUCGUUCUUUCUUACGGCUCGAUGAAAACGUCGACCUGUUGACCGAUGUUGCUACACAAUACAAAACCUCGAAACUUCUUUUGGGGCUGAUAUCAGGCUGCUUUGCACGUAUGCAAAAGCGUGGACCUGAGGCAGGAAUGGAUUUUAUUACCUCUCUUUUUGAGAGUGGCCUGCUAGAUGAAGCGGGAAGCAAGGAUGCCCUGAAGUUGAUUCUGCAGAGGACGGUUGAUUUGCAGAAAUCUGGCGAAUUGUCUCUGGAACUCCAAAAUGGGGUUUCCGAAUUUGUUCAGACUUUGAAUAUAUCGGACACGUACCGACCGCUGCUGCAAGCUGUCACUGCGGAUUCGGGGAUGGAUGUAGAUAGUUUGGAGCACAGCUUACAACUUGCCAUUGAAGCGCAUCCCGCGAACCAGCCCACUGAAGACGUUGAAAUGGAGGACAUCGAUGAGCAGGAAGAGGUUGACACAUUUGCACCAUUACUCGAGUCGCUGUCCCAGGAGUCUCUGUUGUCUUCCUCAUUCCUAGCACAGAAAAACCCCCCUCUAUUCGAAAAACUGCUACAAGCGCUCACCAUCGCAGUAGAAUCACCUGAGAAAUGGAAUAGAAUCAGCAGCCUUCCGAUUCUUGGCAAAUCCCAAUUAGCUGAAAGUCCCCAAUAUCUAUCGUUUCUCAUCAGGGUUUUCUCCGGCCACCACGCAGUACAAGUCCGGGUUACUGCUUUGAAAGAUAUUUCGACGUCUAUAGAAGCUUUUAAAUCAGGGUUUGAUAUGCAGGCUUUGAUACCUUAUAUCAUUGCUGCACUAGCAGAUCCAGCAAAAGCCGUCCGAACUGAAGCUGCUAAACUUGUGGGUACACUUGCUACACUACAACAAAAGGCCAAGAAUGAAGAUAAUGUCACAAUUUGGGCCCAUGAUUCACUAUACGAAAAGAAGACUCAAAACUGGAUGUCGACCCGCGACGCAGAAAAGAUCGUUGAUGCAGUAUUACUCAGCGGCUUGGAAGGAUAUGUUCAGGAUCACACCUACAUCGUUUCAAUUGUCCAACGCGCGCUGAAAGGCUCUAGCUCUGAUUCAACUGAGGAGUCUGGCAUUGAGCUGAAGAAAUCGCUCCGACAAAGCUUUCUGUCAUUCCUCUGCUCACAUGUAGUUUCCACGCCACUUUUUGCGGUAAAACUUCGACUUUUGAAGGUUGUGAAUGGUGUGGAUAAGAUCAGCUCGAUGACACGAACCAAGGAACUUGCUCCAUUGAUUACCCAGUGGCGUGCUCUGUAUCAAGCAGAAGUUUCAGAAAUUUGUGCCAAAGAGCAGUUAUCAUCUGCAGAACUCGACCAGGAGAUCGUUGCCACUGUCAGCCCCAAGGAUAAGGAUGCAGAGAAUGUGCUGAUCUCAAGCAUUGAGAAAUCUUCAAGUAAUAUUAGACCGGAUUUCGUCUCGGCCGUUUUCACACGCAUCGGACAGAUAUGGAGCAAAAUUGGUCCGGAGAGACAAGCUUCGACGUCGCGACGAUUAUUCGAUUUGUCAUUUAACGGGAAUGAUGCAGUAAAGAGCGACGCCAGAGAGGCGCUUAGAAGUGUACAGCUUCCCGGAGCUAUUCUUGUCGAGUUCCUCAAUAAAAUCCCAGAACUUAUCGCUACCUUGGAAAGCCAUAGUCCUUCUCCAAAAAGACGACGUACCAAUCAAAACAAUGCCGUGGCUGCUCUGAGCUCAACCGAAUUGAAUGGAACAAUCGAACAAGUGACGUACAUUCUAGAGCUUGUUGAUGGAUCUGUGCCUGAAGACGAUCCCGAACUUUCCACCGGUUUAUUCAAAGCAUUAGCGGCGCUUCAUGUUCUCAAAUCUCGGAUUCAGUCAAGCUUGGGAUAUCUUCUCAGUUUGGCUCUUGGCAGUUUGUUGGCAAUUGUCAACAAAUCUAAAACAUCAUCUAAAGCCUCCUUCGAUACCUCUACUAUCCGUGCUGACCUUGUCGUGGACUGCGUUCGCACCACAGAGAGCCCUCAAGUACAAAACACUGCCUUGCUACUUGUGUCUGGUCUUGCUGUCAUCGCCCCUGAGCAAGUACUCCACAGUGUGAUGCCCAUCUUCACUUUCAUGGGUUCUAGCGUUCUCAAGAAAGAUGACGAUUACUCAGUGAUGGUAAUUGACCAGACAAUCGACCAGGUUGUUCCGGUCCUCGUCCAGUCGCUGCGCAAUCAAAAACGCGACGUCGUUGCCGGAACGUCCGACCUGUUGCUCAGCUUUACCGCUGCUUUCGAACAUAUCCCGUCUCAUCGCAGACAACGACUAUUCCAGGCCCUUGUCACGAAGCUUGGUGCUCAAGAUUUCUUAUUUGCUGUUCUUGCUAUGCUUGCCAAUCGUUAUGGCCUGGACAAGAACGUCUCGAGCUUGGCGACAAGCCUUGUAACUGGCCUCGAUCCCCAGGUGCAACUCAUUAGUUAUCAAAAAUACCUGAGUCUCGUUAAUGAUUGCCUUAAACCCAAACCGGCCAUCUCCCAGGCCCUCCUGGGCAUCGGAAACGAAGGCGCAGGUGACAAGUACACGGUCACUGAAACUUUGCUUCGCUCACUGGCACACUUGUUCAAGAACCCUACUCUAGGGUCACAGAUGAAGGCUAUUUUCGACUCUGACGAUGAGGAAAAGAUUGCUGUUAUUGGUAAUAUUUUCUCGCAAAUUCUGGAGCAGGUUCUCUCUCUCGCGGACCUAGUCCACGACACCAAGCCUGUCAGCAUUGCAUGUAGCGAAGUACUUGCCUCUGUUCUCAACGUAUUGUCUCUUGUAGACUUUCUCGAUACUGUCGAACAGCUUCUUCAACGACCUAGCGCGGAUGUCCGCCGCAAGGUGCUUCGUCUUUUGGAAAACCGUCUUCGUCAACCUGCCGAGCGGGAUGGUUCGUCACAGAACAGAGUACUGGACUUUAUCGCCUUCCUUGUUGAUAUUGUCAAGUCAUCCGAUGAUAUUCUCCUCAAGCAUGCUGCCGUGGCGUGCAUUGACAGGAUUGCCGAGAAAUACGGGCGAAAGGAUACCGAAAAGGUUAUACCAGCAGCCAUGGUGAUUGCCAGUGAUGCCUGUCUUGGCCAAACAGAUAACAGGAUUCGUGUCAUGGGCCUGUUAUGUCUGGCGUCAAUGGCGGAUGUUUUAGGUGAAGCCGUUAUCCCAACUCUCCCUGAAACACUCAAGAGAUCAUUCAGUCUUCUGGAAGCCAGCAUGGACAGUGAAACCGUCAACGAGCCACUUCACAAUGCUGUUUUCUCUUUGCUUUCUGCUUUGCUUGUUCAAGUUCCAUAUAUGUUUUCAAGCAAAAACCUCGAUACGAUCCUGCAGCUGUCAUUCAAAUCUGCCAAGCUGGAGCUUUCCAGCGAAGGCGAUGACGCUCGACGUGACACGUUGAAGCUGAUAGCCAAGAAAGUUGAUGAGAAGGAAUCCUUUGGUGCUGUUGAGAGGAACUGGUCGGUAGCAACUGCUUCAGGAUCUAUGGCUACCAAGGAAGCCCUUGAUAUUGUGACUGUCGCGAUUGACAAACAUCCUAAAUCGGAUACUGUUAAGAACGUCGGUACACUUACUAAAUUACUUCACAAGGCUUUCGAUCUUCGUAGAGAGCAAACUUCAACACCGGAAGACUCGCAAUUCGAAGAAACGGAACUCGAGGCAGUUGAGGGUAUUGUGAACAACGUCGCGAUCAAGAUGAUCUACAAAUUGAACGACACUGUCUUCCGGCCUUUGUUCAUUGAUCUUGUUGAAUGGGCCACAAACGGGCUACCAAAGAGUGACGCGGAAGGCCAGGUGCUACGGUUGACUUCGUUUUAUAAAUUCCUUCAAACUUUCUUCGGCACGCUCAAGUCUAUUGUCACCAGCUACUCUAGCUACAUUCUCGACAAUGCGAUCGAAGUGCUUAAGACUGCCAAACCGGGCGCGAAGGAGUCGAAAGACCUGUGGUUAGCAGCUGUGCGAAUGCUCAAUUCGGCAUUUGAGCAUGACCAAGACGGCUUCUGGCAAUCUCCAUCACACCUCAGCGGCGUUUCUAAAGCCCUCAUCUCUCAACUUCUGCGCGCCACGAAUUCAUCUACCGCCACCAUCAUUAUUAACGAGGCUGUCCCUGCCAUUGCUGAAUUAGCCGUGGCUGCGGAUUCUCCCGAUAAUUACAAGGAGAUGAAUACGCAGAUCAUGAAGUACCUCCGUCCCGCCACAUCCGCAGCAGCAGAAGGUGGCGAUAGCGCACACACGCGACUCGCAGCGCUGAAAGCCGAACAGGCUCUGACAGAGCGGCUGGGUGAGGAAUGGCUCGCUUUGCUGCCGGAAAUGUUACCGUUUAUUAGUGAAUUGAUGGAGGAUGAGGAUGAGCAGGUGGAGAAAGAGGCGAUCAAAUGGGUGAGGAGUAUUGAAGAUAUACUUGGUGAGAAGCUUGAUGAUAUGUUGACGUAGAUGUUCUACUGCUGCAUGGUGUGGCGUUCAAAAGAUUACUAUGGUUCAAUGUUUCAUAUUGGGUUAUUUUUUGUUUAUUUAUUCCAGUGAGCUGGUACAUGUAUGACAGUCUACAAUCAACAUUAUACACUGAUCGAAUUUUGAUGUUCUCCGUGUCUUUCCCUUCCAUGAAUGUAUUCAUUUCAAGCUUAGCUCUCGGGAAUCUU